UCCACAGUGCUCUCCUCUGGCUGAGGUUCGCUGCAGCUGUGGCUUCUCAAUAGGGCUUAUUGUAGACGCGCGGAGUGUGAGCGAGCAGCGCAGUGAUUGAGCGGAACGGAGGGAAAGACGCCUGUAGUGCAGGGAUGCUCCUGAAUAUGUUUCCUUCACUCAUUCGGGAAGAGCGCGUCUAGAGCGGCUGCGACGUGACGGAAUCCCUCUCCAUUUUCACAAGAACAUUCACAAUUUAUAAACGCGAAGGAACAGGAGGAAAAGGUUUGAGAGCUUCAGCUACAAUCAUCGUUCAUUCCUCUGGUCUCUCCCAUCAAUCACCAGUCAGACGGUCUGCUCUAUCCUGCUACCCACGCCAGUGCUGAGGGUGGAGCACAGUUUCCCAGGAGCCACCUCUUAGCCUCAAGAUCUUUGGUGCCUCUUCAAUACGGAGGAGUGUAUUUUUUAUUUCCUUCUUUUUUUUUUUUUACUUUCAUCCUUUCAUCCAAAUAAUGCAGAUCGGCUCUGCAGUGUGGACUGGACUGACUGUAAUGACUAUGUUGCUGUUAGCCCAGUGGGACAUGGGCUGCUGGGGGAUGACUCUGAACUCUAUCCCGCUUCGUCUGGCUUCCCUCAGGCCCCUCAGAACUAGUGUGGGUGCAUCUCUUCAAAGACACAAGCGCAACUGGGUGUGGAACCAAUUCUUCGUCCUGGAGGAGUACACAGGAGAUGAGCCUCUUUAUGUUGGCAAGCUUCAUUCGGAUGUGGACAAAGGUGAGGGCAAAGUAAAAUACGUGCUCACUGGUGAAGGUGCAACCUCUAUUUUCACCAUUGAUGAGAACACAGGCGACAUUCAUGCCACGAAGCGCCUGGACCGGGAGGAACAGGCCUACUACACGCUGCGAGCUCAGGCCCAAGACCGUUCCACCAACCUGCCAGUUGAACCAGAGUCUGAAUUUGUUAUCAAAGUGCAGGAUAUCAAUGACAAUGAGCCCAAGUUCCUGGAUGGCCCUUACAAUGCUCAAGUACCCGAAAUGUCUCCUGUCGGCACAUCUGUGGUUGAGGUUAAGGCGACUGACGCAGAUGACCCCACAUAUGGAAACAGUGCCAGAGUCGUGUACAGCAUCCUUGAAGGACAACCCUAUUUCUCUGUGGAACCAAAGACAGGCAUUGUGAGGACGGCUCUGCCCAACAUGGAUCGAGAAGCACGGAAUCAAUACCUGCUGGUAAUCCAUGCCAAAGACAUGGUUGGUCAGAUGGGAGGACUCUCAGGCACCACAUCGGUGACGGUCACACUUACGGACGUUAACGACAACCCACCCCGUUUUUCAAGGAAAUCCUAUCAGUUUGCUGUGCCUGAAUCCCUGCCUGUGGCAUCAGUGGUGGCCAAGAUAAAAGCCUUGGAUUCUGACAUCGGACCAAAUGCUGAGAUGGACUACAGAAUUAUAGAGGGCGACGGCCUUGGGGUGUUCAGGGUCGUGCCAGACAAAGAUACCCAGGAAGGAGUCAUAAUUUUACAGAAGAAUCUCGACUUUGAAAAAAAGUCAAGCUACACUCUGAAAAUUGAAGCAUCCAACAGGAACAUAGACCCACGGUUCUUGUCUCAAGGACCGUUCAGUGAUACAGCGAUGGUGAGGCUGACUGUGGAGAAUGUAGAUGAGCCUCCUAUCUUCUCUCCGCUCAGCAAAAUGGUUGUCUCUGAAGCUGCUAAAAUGGGAACCAUCAUAGGAACCGUCUCUGCUCUGGACCCAGACUCAACCAAUAGCCCCAUUAGGUAUUCAAUAGACAGAAACACGGACUUGGAGCGAUUUUUCAACAUUGAGUCAACAACAGGAGUCAUCAGCACGGCUAAGCCUUUAGACAGAGAAGUCAAUGCUGUACACAACAUCACCAUCCUGGCUAUUGAAAGCUUGGAUCCGUCACAGGUUGGGAAAGGAGUGGCUCUGAUCACGGUGAUGGACAUUAAUGACAACGCACCAGUUUUUGCCAUAGAGUAUGAGACCAUCCUGUGUGAAAGUGCUGGGCCAGGACAGGUCAUUGAAACCAUAAGUGCAGUGGAUAAAGAUGAACCACCCAGCGGGCAUCGCUUCGUCUUCUCCCUCACUGUAGAGACAGCUGGGAACAUGAACUUCACCCUCCGAGACAAUAAAGACAAUACCGCUUCUAUUCUAACUAAGAGGGGUGGUUUUCAGAGGAGGGACCAGGCUAUGUAUCGACUGCCGGUGUUGAUAGUGGACAGCGGGACCCCUGCUCUCAGCAGCACUAACACACUGUCUAUUCGAGUGUGUGACUGUGACCCUGAUGGGACACCCCAGUCAUGUGGCACAGAGGCCUUCAUGCUGUCAGCUGGACUCAGCACUGGAGCUCUCGUUGCCAUCCUGGCUUGCAUCAUCACUUUACUUGUGCUGGUGCUGCUGAUUGUGACAAUGAGGAGGAGGAAGAAGGAACCUCUGAUCUUGGACGAAGACCGGGAUGUGCGGGAGAACAUUGUGCGCUACGACGACGAAGGCGGAGGUGAGGAAGACACAGAGGCCUUUGACAUGGUGGCAUUGCGAAACCUCAAUGCAGUGAGAGACAGCAAAGCCCGCCGUGACGUCACCCCGGAGGUGCCCACCCUUUAUUGCUCCCGCCCUCCCCCUUACAAAAUCACCCCAGACAACGGGAUCUUCCGGGAGUUUAUAUGGGACCGCCUGAAAGACGCCGACGUAGAUCCUUCCGCGCCUCCCUACGACUCCCUGCAGACAUACGCUUUUGAGGGAAGCGGCUCGGUGGCCGAAUCCCUCAGCUCCCUGGAUUCCCUGAGCACAGACUCGGAGCAGAACUAUGACUAUCUGAGCGACUGGGGACCUCGCUUCAGGAAGCUAGCCGACCUGUAUGGUCACGGCGACAGCAGCAAUAUAUUCUCCUCCUAGCCGGGAUUAAAAUUCCUGCCAAGGUCUGCUCAAUCAAGGGCAUAAUGGAAAUGAACAAUGAUCAAGAGAAUACCACUGACUCAUUGAUGCUUGACAGAAGAGGGGAGCAAAAAAAUGGGAACAUUCAAUGCGCAGGGGGAAGUUAUAUCUGCAGAGAGCAGCGGUUUUGAUAACGAAUAGACGGUGGAGAUUUGAGUCUGAAGCACUUCUAUUUAAAUUGCAGUUAGUUGCCAAGUCUGGACUUGGGGUGUGGUUGCAAGCGCCCAAAGAGCGAUCUUCAGGCCCAAGAGAAUAAUGGACAGUGGAUGGCAGGGCCACGUGAGCUGGUCCAGGAAUACCAAUUGUUUCAAAGAGACAUUUGAAGUGCUCUACCCAUGGUUAUAAAUGAGAACAGUGCCAUCCAGCUAGCCAUGCUGUAGUGAUGCUCGAAAAAUCAAUGUUUCUGUUCUAUCAGAUGUUUCUAUGGAAAAAAAGUCAAUCUAAAUUCAGCAAACGAGUACACCGAUAUCUUUUCCGCAUUGCCUUGCGAGGAACUGCAACUGUUGCUUUGUAAAAAAUCCUUUAUGCAUAGCUUCACGUCUGUUAUCAGGCCUUAGUUCUUCCCCAAAAUGUGGGUCGAGGCACAUCGCUAUCACAACUUCUGAAGUAUCCCGCAGUUCCGCAGACCAAAAUACAAGUCAAACUCAUAGUGAAUAGAUUUUGAUGUAUCGAGCAGGAUAGGCCGGAGUGGAUUUAAUCAUUGAAAAUGUAUAGUACUUGCCUUUCAGUUGAGGCUGUCAACCUGAGUUAUUUUGAGAUGUUAUUUUGUAAGUUUGUAGAGAGAACCCUUAUGACAGCGAGCGUUUGAAGGGGAGUCUUUUGUAUUAAGCCGAUUCCAUUCUUUGAAAACCUCAGUCUCAGUGGAGAAACUCAAAACGGCAAAAUGUUUUUGUAGUGUUCUAUGCUGUCCCGUGUACAGUUUUUUUUUCUCUGCAGUGGUUCUUGCUGAAUAUCUUGAGAGCUGUUUGUUUUAAAGCAGGCCUGUUGUCAAUAUGAGUCUGAGUGGCAAACUGUAAGGGAAAAAAGAAUGCAAAGACAUUAUCCUAAAUAAUAUCUGGCGACGUGUGAAAUGGUGUAUAACAUACGGACAACACAGACCUUACUACUACUACAGUAUAUUCAAUGUUUAGCUGUUGUCCGACACGUUAUUAUCAUGAUUUUGAAUUGUAUCGAUAUGAAAUGACAGUAACACAUGCUCAAUCCUAAAGCUGGGAAGACAUUUUGUACAGAUUUUUGUAAUAAAGCACAUGAAUUGCAGCAUAUGUUGAGGCCAUUUCCUCAUGACUCCUUUCAUUCAUCCGGACAGCCAGACGGUGGUGCAUAUUUUGAUGUGAAGAUCUUACUGCUAAAGUGGCUGCU